CCUGUUGCACGAGGGACAUCCAGGCACCACCAGAAUGAAAAUGCUAUCACGUAGUCACGUGUGGUGGCCUUUGAUAACAUAUGAUGUCGAAAACACUGUCAAAAACUGUAGUACUUGUCAACUAACGCAGAACGCGCCACCACGUGUUCCAUUAUUAACGUGGGGUUGGCCAACGCGCAGAUGGCAAAGGGUGCAUCUUGAUUUUGCAUACCGGGAUCAGAACUGGUUUUUGAUUGUCGUAGAUGCUCAUUCAAAGUGGGUAGAGGUGUUUCUAAUGAGUUCCACUACGACGAAAUGUACUAUCGAAAGAUUGCGAAGUGUUUUCGCCGCGUUUGGACUACCAGAAGAGGUAGUGACAGACAAUGGACCCCAGUUUGUGGCGACAGAGUUCGUAGAGUUUCUGUCGAUGAAUGGGGUACGCCACACGAAAAGUCCUCCGUACCAUCCCGCCUCAAACGGAAGCGCGGAACGGUGUGUGCAAACCGUCAAGCGGGACCUCCUGAGGCAGGUAAUCGACGAGCAACGGACGGGUGUACCGAAAUCGAUGCAACAUCGAGUCGACCAGUUCCUGUUUGCAUACAGAAACACCCCAACUGGUACGACCGACAGAACUCCAGCCGAGCUGUUUCUCUCUUGGAAGCCUAGGACCCGUCUGAGCUUCCCUCAUCCUGAAAUGGAGAGACGCAUGAGAGAUCGCCAGCAACAAAUCAAGACAGCCGCCGACAUGAGAAGAGGCUCUUGGCGAACUUUCGAAGAAGGCGACCAAGUCCUCGUCCGGGGAUCACGUCCGACAGAUCCUGCAUGGUUGGUGGGACGUGUUAUGAAGAAAGUGAUCCCACCGCCGCAAACCACACUGGGAGACGUACACUUCAAAAUAAUCCGGGAGGUCCGCUCGGAAGUCGCGCAGCUGAAGGAGACAAUUCAGCAGAUGCAACAGCAGAUGCAGAUGUUCCUGACGGGAAUGCAGACUCUGGAGAGCAAGUCUAACAAGAGGAUUGAGAGACUGGAGAUGCGAAACAGCCAGCUAAACUGCAGGGGAAUCGGCCGGAAAAGGGCUGGUCUCAACCUGUUGGCGGCGCAAGCGGCUGGACCCCCUGCGGUUAUCUCUCUUCAAGAACUUGGAAAGUGUACGAGUGUCAGAAUUAAGGGCUACGAUACUCACUACGCGGACCAGUAUUUGGCCCUGUUAGUUCACAAAAAUAUCCGGCGGAGGUACAAGAACCGUUGA